GAAGUAUUUCGUAUUUAUCUCCCUUGUUGUAACAUUUUUGGAAAAAGCAAGACAGGCUAAAGCUUCAGAAGAUACAUAAUUCAAAUGCCUCUCCCUCAAGCUCUUUUAGCUCGACUUCAAAAGCGAGGAAUUGUUAAGGAUGAGCAAAAAUCAGCUGAUGAAGUAGAAGAGGUUUUUGCAGAAGACUAUGAUGAUCCUGUGAAAGAAGCAGAAUAUGCAAAACCAGCAGACAUUCCUGAACCUCAUACAGAAGAGGAGGAGGAGGAGGAUGAUGAGGAAGAUGGACCUCUCAUCCAUCACAUUCCAGCAUGCCCUAAUAGAUCUAACAAAUACCACACAUGUGUGGAUUACUGCAAAGAGAAGUGGGGAAUGAAGGAAUUUCAGAAAGACUCUGAUAUGAUAAGGAAACGAGAUAGAAUGUUAGGGAAAUAUCCAUUACCAGAUGGUUGGUUAGAAGUGGCUGAUCCAGAAACAAAUAGAUACUAUUACUGGAACUUAGUUACAGAUCAAGUGUCAUGGCUGUCACCUGUACAUCCUUCUGCUCAAAUCACAUUAUCAGCUGACAAAAUACAAGCAAUAUUUGGAGAUUCAGCUAUAGUGAGUAGUCAGGAUGAUGAUUUACAUCUCAGUGACGAGGAGGAGAUGGAUGUUAAUGAUUCAGAGAGUUCACCUAGUAGUAGUUCAUCCAGUGAAUCUGAUUCUGAUGAAGAGUAUGAGAGAAAGCGUCAGCAUACAGAUACUAACAGACAAGAUGACAGGAGAGGUGGCAGAGGAGGAGGUGGGGGAGCUGGUAGAGGAGCUGGCAGGGGAGGUGGUGGUAGGGGUGGCAGAAGGAAUCAAAAUAAAAAAGAAGAACUGGAUCCAAUGGACCCUGCAUCUUACUCUGAAGUAGCAAGGGGCUCUUGGUCAUCUGGACUUGAUAGAGGUAAUGAGGCAAAGACAGGAGCAGACACUACAGCAUCUGGACCUCUAUUCCAACAGAGACCAUAUCCUAGUCCUGGUGAAAUCAUGCGGCGGAAUCAGGCAAACAAAAAUUGACAAGACUUUUCUGCGAUAAGUCAAUCAACUGGACAUAUCAAAUGUGCCUGAAUGAUCUGAGUGAAUGGACACUAUUGACAUGGUGCAAAAAUUUGUUUAACAUCCUCCAUCAGAUUCAGUUAUAGGUGGACUAUUUCAGUAUUUAAAACACUUUUGUUAGACUUGUAAUACGGGGAUAAAGUAGAUCAGGCCAACUUCAAGAGCUCAAACAUAUUCAAAUACAGUGACAUGCUUGAACAAUUUUUUCAUUACAUAUGUAUGUUCAUUCAAUAUUUUCAUUGCAUUUUUUUUGUAUUAAAGUUAGUAUAUCUGUGAA